GCGUGCGCGGCGGCCGUGGCGGUGGCGGCGGCGGCGGCGGCGGCAGCGCGGACCCCAGGCGACCCCGCCGCGCACAGGAGUUGAGCGCACCUGGAUGUUUCCUGAAAGCACCUUUCCCCAAGCGUAAGCAGCCGGUUGGGAGCUGUUCCUGUUGAUGCCAGUCACCUGGGAAGUGCCCAGGAGGUCACCUCUGCCCAAGUCUGCCUGACUGAAGAUGGCUCGUGCCCACCCUGGGAUGGAGCCCAGCGCCUGAGGUCCUUACCAUGGUGAUGAUCCUAAGUAAAAGCCUCGACAACCAGGGAGCUGACUCUGUAGCAUGCAGGACCUUCAGCCCUGAGCUGCACACGCCAAAGAAGAUGAGUCAAGGACCGACACUUUUCUCUUGUGGAAUUAUGGAAAAUGACAGAUGGCGAGACCUGGACAGGAAAUGCCCCCUUCAGAUUGAGCAGCCGAGCACCGGCAUCUGGGAGUGCCUGCCCGAGAAGUGUCAGGAUAGCGCUCUGUGGCACCGAGAGGCCGCCACUGCCUGCGCAGUGACCAACCUGAUCAAAGACCUCAGCCUCAGCGACCACAACGGGAACCCCUCCGCGCCCCCCAGCAAGCGCCAGUGCCGGUCACUGUCCUUCUCCGAUGAAAUGUCCAGCUGCCGGACAUCGUGGAGGCCCUUGGGCUCCAAAGUCUGGACUCCCGUAGAAAAGAGACGCUGUUACAGUGGGGGCAGCGUCCAGCGCUAUUCCAAUGGCUUCAGCACCAUGCAGAGGAGCUCCAGUUUCAGCCUCCCUUCCCGGGCCAACGCGCUCUCCUCACCCUAUGACCAGGCAGGAUUCCACCAUCGAUUCGGAGGUCAGCCCUGCCCAGGGGCGCCAGGCUCGGCGACCUGUGGACAGGCGGGCGACAUCUGGAGCCCCGACCCGAACCCUGUGGGCGGGGGCCGGCUCGACAUGCAGCGGUCCCUGUCCUGCUCCCACGAGCAGUUUUCCUUUGCGGAGUACUGUCCACCCUCAGCCAACAGCACACCUGCCUCAACGCCAGAGCUGGCCAGACGCUCCAGCGGGCUGUCCCGAAGCCGCUCCCAGCCGUGUGUCCUUAAUGACAAGAAGGUCGGCGUUAAGCGGCGGCGCCCAGAAGAGGUGCAGGAGCAGAGGCCUUCCCUGGACCUUGCUAAGAUGGCACAGAACUGUCAGACCUUCAGCAGCCUCAGCUGCCUGAGCGCGGGGAUGGAGGACUGCGGCCCGCACAGCCCCUUCGCCCUCCACGUCAGCAGCACCAGGUCCUGGACCGCCUUGCUCUCGGCCUCGGCCUCCAGCCUGGGGGGCAGGACCCCCGCCGGGACCCCGGUCCCCGAGCCUGUGCCCCCGGCCUUCGACGACCAGCUGGCCUGCAAGGAGGAGCAGUGCUGUGAGGAGUCGGGCGGCUGUGCCCUGGGCGAGGGCUGUGGCAGGAGUUGGGGGCCGGCCUCGGCCUGGCGGGACCGCGGGGCAGCGGGGAACAGCCCCUGCUCCCUGGACGGCGAGUUGGACAUCGAACAGAUAGAGAACAACUGAGGGGCGGCGGGCACUCGAAGCGGGGAGCCCCCCUCCCGGGCCAGGCUUGAGCUCCCCGAGGGCGGCGGGUCCCAGGGAGCGCACCCUGGCCCCCCCGAGAGGCUGGCCCGCCCAUGGCCUGGCCACCGUGCCACACAGCCGAGCGCCCCCCCCCCCCCCCCACCAGCACGGGGCCACGUCCACCGUCCACCUGGAGCCCGAGAGCAGCUCUCCCGGCGCCCCCCCCACCCCGUUCCUAGCUGGCUGUCCCGCCAGGCACCCCGCACGGCCCGAUGUUCUGCAAGCGGCUGCCAGCGGGGCAGGGGGGCAGGGGGGACUCGUGCUCAGGUCCAUCUGGUGGUGUCAAGCCCUUCCCGGCCUCCUGCUCAGGUUCAUUUCGGGGGGUCGGCCCCACAGCUUCUUUCACUCCGUUGUAUUCCGUGCCUUCUCUCCCAGGUCUCCCUGCUUCAGGCUUGGGAAGGUUCGGGAGACGCUUUCCUCUGUAGUAACACCAGAACCAUUUGGCCUUAAUUCCAAGCGUGGGAGACAGAGCCCUGGGCUCCUGGGGGGGCUCUCCGUGUCGGGACCCUGGAGAACAGUUGGGCUGCUUGUCAGAGGCAUCUGCACUGGGGAGAUGUGGGUGGAUGUGCUCGCCCCUCCUGGGGUGCAGAGGGUCUGGCCCCCUCGCUCGGCCACCCUGGAGCCGCUCGGGCAAGGUGGGCACGCCAGCCUUUCUCUGUGGCGAACCUGUCACUGCGUGAUCAGCUUGAUUCAGGAGAGUGGGGAGAGGUCACCAGUAAUGGGCAACCCCUGAAAAUGCCCUUGGGAGGCAGGGCUGAGCAGCUGCUGGGACCCUGGGGAGCCACCGCAGGCUGCUGGGGGUCCGGGUAGCCCUGUCAUCUUGCCUGUGCACGCUCCGGGGGUCCCGGGCUGGGGGCUACACGGGCCCCUGCGGUGUUCUGAGCACAUCUCAGAACCCCGCUGGUCGGUGGGGGCCGCUGGCUUUACUCAGGGUGCAGCAGCCUCCCCCAGACGAGCGCUCCUGCGGGUCGGUGGGGAGCAGAGCUCCAGGUGCCGUGUCCCUCCUGCCGGCUGCAGGCACAGAACGUGGUGAGCACACACCAUCCCAGCUCCUUUGCACCCCUGGGGACUCCCUGCUCACGGGACCCCCCACCCCGACCCCCUGAGGUUUCGCUCUCAGGCAGCGCAGCUGGCAGACACACCGCACGGGCUCUGUGCUCUCAGAGUCUGGCUUGUAGCAAACUUGGCGUCUUCUGCAGACAAUAGCAACCGGGUCGGCUUGUGAGCGAGCGGCUCCUUUCCCCAUAUGGCUAAAAAUAACCGGUGUAUUCUCUUGAGUUUGCUGACAUGUAACAAAGGCACGUCUGUAGCCUCUUUGCUUUUGCUCAUCCUGUGUGGACAGCGAGCACCUCACUUCCACGGCGUGAGUACGGAUGGUUCUCACCCUCUUUCUCCAAAAGAAAGAGCCUAUUUGGGAAACUUUACUUACACCUUCACUUUUUUAGUCGAUCAAAAGCGUGGUGCUCAAGAUCUGAUUUAUAGGUGGUGUUUCUUAAAAAUCACCCAUAAGAUGCUGGUAGAGAAAAUCUCAACUCAGUGGCCCUCCCAGGUUGUGUUGAAAGCCUCAAGUUGGAUAGUGGAGUGGAUGUGUGGGCACAGGGCAAGGUCCUGGGGUCAGAACCAGUUACCCUUCAGUGGCCCCCCGACCAAGGGCACGUCCCCUUAGGACCCUGGAGACCCACAGCAGGCUGCUGGUGGCUCUGGGUAGCCCUCCCAUCUUGCCUGGUCCCCACGCAGUGGGUCAUGGAGGCCACGUCUUCUUAGAGCAAACCCAGAGGAGGCUGGGGUAGUUGUUGAGUAACACCUGGCACCGUAUGAAUUUAGAGAGCACACGCUGGUGCCCUCGUGUCUCAGAAAGCCCGGGGUGGGUGGUACUGGCACGCAGCCCGCACCAAGAGCGGCCACAGAGGGAGCAUGGCCUCUAAGGAGCCCUUCCUGUGGAAGGAGAGGCAGGGCCCCAUCUCCUGGUCCACGCCGCAGCGAGGGACCGAGCGCUGAGCCAGAUGGGCCUGAGCGACGAGCCCCAGCUGCCUUUCCUCAGGGUCACCUGGGACAGCACACGGUAGUGUGUCACUGGGCUGUGGGGCGGGUGAUCUGCCCUCAGACCCUGCCCUCCAGCCUCCCCCCUCCUCGGGCUUGGUGGCGGCAAGGGAGGCCGAGCCUUCCCACCUGCUCCCAAGCUGGUCCCAUCGUCGACCCGCAGACGUCCCAGGGCACUUUGGGGCAGAAGGUACCCCGGCCCAAGGCAGGGGUUGGCCCUCCAGCCUCCGCAGGCCCCUCUUUGCUGUCCUCACUCCCACCAAAGCUCGGAGCCCAAGCCCACAGCAGCAGUGGGGAGAGAACGGCCACCGUCCCCUCUGCUCAGAGAAAGCGAUGCCCCUCCGUUGCUUCACGCUCACCUCUGGAGAGAGCCAAGCCCUGUAGCAGGUGCCCCACCGUCCAGGGAGGCGUGUUCAUGCUCCGCCCCGCGGACGCCAGGACUUCUGGUCCGGAGGCUCCUGGAGGCUCAGGCCAGGGGCUCCCGCUGAGCACGUGUGGCUCUCCGCGUGGCCGUGGGGGCCCGGCCGGCUCCCCGUCACGAGCCCCGCCGAUGCCCAGGCCCUGCCUCUCCUAGUGGAUGCCCGCGAGCUCCUGCCUCUGCAGGGAGACCCGGGAAGCCCAGAGCCGGGAGGACGGGCCGCACCAGGCCGCCUGCCUGCCCACCCCGGGACCCUGAGGGGCAGGAGAGCGGGAGGCGAGGCUCCCGUCGCCCACAUCCCUGCCUGCUCCAGAGUGAGCACCUGCUGUCUGCCUGGGGGCCGGGCCGGGGUCAGGCCUCAGCCUCACCGUUUACCACAAACCCUCUUGCCUUACUCGCCGGCCCAGGGCCCACGGGCACACACACACCCAGGCCGCGGGGGCGCUUGUGCUGAUCGUCCACAGAUUUUCAUUCUCAGAAAGCCUUACUUGUCAUCAAAAUUUUUGUAGCAGGAAAGUUUUGUGAAUUUGUACAUUGAAAGGAAAUUUAAAUAAAGGAAAAACCCACAUUGAAAAGAAAACAACCCCCGGCGUUCAGGUGGGCCUCCCAGUGCAGGGGCGACGCGCCACUGGCCCACUCGGGGCCCUGCCCGUCCGAGCGAGCGCCGCGGUCCUUCGGACACCCCUGGGUGCUGCGCCGUGGGCCCCGGCUGGCGCUGGCGUGGGGUGCCCCUCCGUGUCCCCCCGAGGGCACAGCCACGUGCACUCCGCGGCCGCGGGGCCGUCCCCUGAACGAUGACCGCCUCGGGCCCGGGGCCCUGGCGUGAGCCGCGUCCGAGCCGCCGUGGCUGGUGUGGCCCAGGCCCCCUGCCCCCCGUACAGGUAGUGACGCCGCAUCUUGCCACAUCCACACAGCUGGUCAAACCCCUCCCGUUGGCUCCAGAGAACACAUUGCCUAAUCUUUAAAGAGAAAAGAAAAGAUUAAAAAAAAAAAAAAAUCCAGACCAGAGCAGAGACCUUGUAGCCUAGGUAGGAUAGUCGGAUCUUCUAGCUUAGUCUCUUUGGCAAAUAAGUUGUGUUUUCAGUGCGUGGGGGAGAGGUCCCGGGGGCUCGGUGACAGCGCGUGGGCCCACCUGGGGGCUGCAGCCUGCUUUCCCGACCCACGCGUCGUCGAGGCUGCAGAGCUUCAGGGAGCGUGGCGGCCGGAGCGGGGAAGGUGUGCGGGGAGGCCCCGGGCUGUGCCGCCCCCUGCGCCCACGCAGCCUGUCCCCCCACGCGGGCCACGACUGUCUUGCACUAGAGCCGCUCUAGUCUCUCAGGAAUUUGCUUGUUACUCUUACUGUGUAAAUAAAGCUUCCUGGUUCAGUACCCAGCC